GCGAGAAAAUCGCUCCCACCUCCUGCCACCUCUGUUCCUUUCCCUUCCUUCGUCCCAGCUCGGACUCUGGGGAGUGGAUCGCGGGCGGCGCAGGGCCGAUGCUGGGACCUCAGUUACAUCCCAUGCGCUGAUCGCUCCGAACUGUGCGGUAGCAGGUUUGCAGCUGGAUACGUUUUCCCACCUCCCCCUCCCACCUCAACGAAUGGACGGCGCCGCCUGCGGAUAGCGAGCCAGGAAGGAGAACGAGAGGAGAGGAGAGGAGCACCGCCAGCAGCAGCAGCCAUGGUGGAGGUUACCGUGGAAUAUGAUUAUGAAGCUGCACAAGAGGAUGAACUUACCCUGAGGGUUGGUGAUCUCAUUAAGAAUGUAAGGAAACUUGAAGAAGAAGGAUGGUGUGAAGGAGAGUUAAAUGGGAAGAGGGGAUUGUUUCCUGAUAAUUUUGUCAAAGAAAUAAGGAGAGACGGGGAUGCAAAAGAAGAAAAUCCAGUGAGCAAACGAGAAAAAUCGGGAAAUGUUGCAAAUCUGGUGCAGCGCAUGAGUACAUUCGGAUUUCCAAUUGGUGGGUUCCCAUCUCAACCCAGAUCUCUCAGAAGAAGAAGAUCGAAAAAGCGACAUUGUGAAGCAACUUUUGAUUACAUACCCCAAAAUGAGGAUGAAUUGGAAAUAAAAACUGGAGAUGUCAUAGAAAUAAUUGAAGAGGUGGAAGAAGGCUGGUGGAAGGGAAUCCUAAAUGAGAAAACUGGAUUGUUUCCAUCAAAUUUUGUUAAGGAAUUGAUUGAUCAGAACGAAGAUGGAGAAACAAAUGAACUAUUGAGUGAGCCAGACAUGGCCAUCAAGGAUUUGAUUGGAGUAGGACCUUCAUCACCAACAUCACCUGUAGAUGUUACAGGAAAUGAGAGCCCAGCAGGAACAGGAACAACAUCCCAACCAAAGAAAAUUCGUGGUUUGGGGUUUGGAGAUAUAUUUAAGGAAGGAUCGGUAAAACUAAAAUCACGAUUAUCUAAUUCUGAAUUGGAGGAUAAAAAAUUAGAAAAGCAAUCCAUUCCAGCAAGUAAUGCAGAGGCUGUGAAAAAUGAACCAGAAAAUAAACAUAAAGGAGAGUAUUGUAAAGCAGUUUUUGCAUAUGAAGCAACCAAUUCUGAUGAACUUAGCAUUAAGGAAGGUGAUCAUAUUCUGCUAAUCAGUAAGGAUACAGGAGACAGGGGAUGGUGGAAAGGAGAACUAAAUGGCAAGGAAGGGGUUUUCCCAGACAACUUUGUCGUCAUGGUUUCAGAAACUGGAAGAGAGGUUAUAGCUGCUCCAAAAGCUCCUUCAAAAUUGCCUCCAAAGCCUGACCUUGAUGAUAAACCAAAAAAGCCGCUGCCACCAACAAAAGGACAAGUUUCAAAACCAGAACCACCUCCAGCUGAAAAGAAGAUGGAAUUUAAAAAGGUUCAUUCAGACAAAACUGAUACAGUUAGUUCAAGGUCUGAAGAGAAAGAUGAUCAGAAGUCAGCUAAACCAGCCGCCCCAAUGGUACCACCCAAAAAACCCAACCUCCCUAUGAAGCAUCAUCCUUUCAGGGGAACUACUCCUCCCAAACGACCAGAGAAACCCACGAUGCCUCUUCCUUUACCCAAAACAAAUGGAGAGGUGCCUUGCAAUCGACCAAAGCCAGACCUUGAUUCAGCAGUGCUUAGACCAAAAUCUGACAUGGUAUCAUCGAUUAUUCGACCAAAGUCGACAGAAGUUGUACUUGACAAAGCUUCUGACAUGGAUCUCAUCAGCUUUGACACUGUAGAAUCCUGUAGUGAGAAACUCACUCACCCAACUGCUAGCAGGCCAAGAUUGCCAGGGAGAAGGCCACCCAGUGUUUUCGUUGUCGGUCAUCAUGUUUUGGUUGAGAGUCAUUUAGAUAAAAAUUCUAAAUCAAUUGAAGAAGAAGCUGAAGAAGAAACUGCCAAACCAAAGCCUUCUGAAAUAAUUAAAAAGCCUUCGUUCAAACAAAAUACUGGAAUAAUGAAUGCUGCUGAGGUGAAGGAGAUAACUGAGGUCGAUGAUAGGAACAAGACUACCGUAGAAGACCUUAAGGCACAAGUAGCUGACCUGAUGACUUUGGUUGAGAAACUGAAGAUCCAGCACAAAAAAGAACUAAUUGAACUGAGGCAUGAAUUUGAAGAAGAAAAGAAACUCCGUAUUUCCUUACAGCUGGAGGUAGACAAACUGAAGAAAGCAGUUCAGCCUACAUGAACUACAUUUUAUUCAAGAUUUGGUACAACUUGCCAAGCUUCAGAUGCUGCUGCAAGUAACCAGGAAGACCAGUACUUAGAAAUGGCUUUUCACUUUUAUUAUGAUCAUGGUCCUUUUUGAAAAUGUCAGAAGUUACAAUCUUUAUAGAGAUGGGUAUAAUUGUAUGAUGUAAAUUUCUUGCCAAUGAGAAUUAAUGAGGCCUUAUAUUGUGCUGGACUCGCAGACCACACAUUCUUGAGGAAUGUUUGUUCGCCUACUGUACUACUGAAUCUGUAUAAAAGGGUAAGAUGUUAAAUUUUUAAUUGAGAUGUAGUUUAAUUUUUUAAUGAAUCUGCUGUUGUAGUUAUGCAAAACUAUAAGAUUUACACAAAUUUUCUGCUCAAGGGGGAGGAGCUUAAUAGUUAUUAGAUGAUUUGUCCUCUACACAGGAAAGGGAAUUUAAUUUUGCUGUAUACAAUUUAUUUUAGCAAUCCUACCCAGGUUAAACACUAUUGUGCCUGAUUGAAGCCUGCAGAUGAAAGUAUUAAAUAUAUAACGUUGGUGUUCAAGGGGCAAAGAUUGUGGACAACAGACCUAUGCAGAGUAGACUAUGUAUUUUCAUAUAGAAGGUUAUAUUACAAAUGUAUUGGUUAUUUACUUGCCAUAAAGGGAGCUUUUGACAUUAAUGGAUCUGAGGAAAUUAGCAAACACCCCAUUUAUCUUUAAUGUAUUCUUUUUGAGUUAUGGUUCUAAACUAUUUUUUCUUUCCCAGUUUUACCUUUGUUCUUUGCUUUCAAUUCAGUUAACAUCUCAGAUGAUGAUAAACCAAUCUUCCUGAAGGGGAAGAAAGAAUGUGUAUUUGCAUUUACACAUACUUUUUUGUUUUCUGAGCCAUCUGCUUCUGGUAUGGUUUAAAACCAAGUGCUCUUGGGGACUGCUUUUCAACAGCUCUUGCUGCCAUAAAGCUCAAAAUAAAUGAUCAGGAAUGACAAUCAUUUUUUUUAAAAAUCAAUGUGUCUUUCUCAUCUGUUACACAAAGGCCGUGCAAUUCAUUAUGUAAAUUCUGUUAUAUUUGGCAUUCGUAGUGUUCUGUUCCAUGUAAACACAUUCGAUUUAUAUUUUUCCUUUUGGCUUUAUUUUCAGGAGUUAUCUUUCAUUAAAGAAUGAGUAUAAUA